GUGAACAUGAAUUUUCACGUUUAGUGCAUAAAAAACAAAUAUUUUGCGACGCAAAAAACAUUCUACAACAAAUCUUACAACUUUUGAGCAAAUUUUCUUGUGAGUGACAAGUAGUGAAGCAAAAAUGGCUUCACCAGCCAAGCAAAUAGUUGUGGUAAAAUUGCGACCACUACCGCAAAAGCCGGCAAAACGAAAGAAGAAAAUCGACCUGACCACUUUGAAUAUGAAUUGUAUGGAUGCAAUUUUGAAGUGGUUGCCAAUUGAAGAUUUGUAUUCGGUGAGCCGUACGUGCAAAUCCCUGCAAAAAUCGGCUGGUUUGGCAUUUCAACGCAAUCAUCCGAACAGUUUGGUUACGAUUGAGCUGAUGGCUGACAAACGGAUUCAAUCGCAAUACGAGGGAAAAUAUGAUCUUCACUUCAGUACAAAUAUCCGGAGUAUCACGAUGACUUCGUACGUUUUCGAUCAGGAUUUGAUGCCAUUGUUCGACUACUUGAAGAUGAAUUGCUGCAUCAAUUUGAACGAGCUGAACUUGCAUCGGCUAAAAUUAGCAACUGGCAUCGAUUAUGGGGCAUCGAUAAAGGGACAACUACGGAAUUUGGAAAGCAUUUCAUUCGAUGGCUGCACCGUUUCGGAUAUUCACAAACAAUUCCUCAAGUAUUGUUACCGGCUACAACAUUUGCGCAUCAAAGAAAAGCAGUUCAAUGUCGAUCGCUGUGAUACGUGGAUGCGUCAUGUUUAUUCAUACCUUAAUAGCUUUACGUUCUGGGGCUGUGACAGCGAAAAAUACACCGGUCUCAGCAUUUUCCUCGCCCAUAAUCGCAAUGUGAAAAACAUCAAUUGCAUGGGACAAUUGAACAUUUUGAAAAUGAUCAUGGACAAUGGCAAAGAUUUAGAUAACUUGGUCGUUAAUUGCGAUGCACCGGAAGACUUUGAAGAAAUUCAGAACGUUUUGUUGGAGUACAGUCAGAAAGGCGUCUUCAAGCGGUUCGAAUUGGUCUUCCGUUUUACCAGCGAUAUCGACAAAGUGCCAAAAAAUGUCAAACACAUCCGCAAUUUGAGCGAAUUGACAACAUUCCAAGGAUUUCAUGGACUUUUUGCCGCGAACGAAGCUCUGGUUGAUUGUGUGCUGAAGUCUCUCACCAAUUUACGUUCAAUAUCCCUAAAGCUGGCACUGGAACACCAAUCAAUGGCCUGGACUCUCGCUCACUUACCUCACCUGGAUGAUGCACGAAUUUACAUUACAUACUCGUUGGACCAUUUCGGUGCCACUUUUAAGCCAUUGACCCUGCCGUUCGUUUUGAUGUCAAAGAAGUUGAAGCAAAUCGUCGUUAGUUUCGCCAACAAUUCGUGUGUGACACAUCGAAACGAUAUCAUCGAUUUAAAUAAUAUGCGGCUCAAAUCAAAAGGAGCCUGCCCAACCACAAUCUACUUGAGCAGUGACGUUAUUCUCGAAUCGAAGUUCAUCUAUCCAACUGGUGGUCUGGUUCAAGUCAAACCAACGUCACAACUUACACGAAAAUUGUACUUGGACCCAUUUCUAUUUUGAAGUUCCAUGAAUCAAAAGUAACACAGGUCACUUUAAAUCUAUGACAUGAAAUAUCAUUCAUUUUUUUCUUUUUAAGUGUAAACAAACUAAGGUUCCAGUGCCAUUCGAUAAUAAUUAAAUAGACUUUAAGUGAUAAAUAGCAUCUUGAAGUUCAAUGACAGCAAAUCUGCCCAGAACAGUUUAGUUUAAUACAAAAAACAAUACUUGACCUCAUUGCCAUUUCUCUAGUUCAAAAGAUUGCACUUUGAAUUCGAUAUUUCAUAUUUCAACGACAUACCUCUCCUUUGAAUAAUCUAAGACCGAAUUGAAUAUAUAGAAAAAUUUACCUUUGUUUACAAACCUAGAUUAGUUUACGUACACUACCGUGCAAAAGUUUGGAACCACUAGGUAUUUUUUAUACAAAUUGACCAUUUUUGGUGGACUCAUCAACAUAUUUCGGAAACACCUGCACUCUUGAUAUUUUGUGCAUAGUUUCUACAACGUUUCAAUAGUAAAUCACAGAGGUUUCAUCAAAAAAUAUUCACGUAUUUAAAAAAAUAUAUCAAUUUGAAUUUGAUCUGUUUUAAUCUUCAUACAAAUUUGAUCAUUUUUCACACAGUACAAAUUCAAAUUGCUAUAUUUUUGAAAAUCAUGAAUAUUUUUUGAUGAAACCUCUGUGAUUUACUAUUGAAACGUUGUAGAAACUAUGCACAAAAUAUCAAGA